AUGCCAAAACUGCAUCAAGCGUUUGAAAAUGCCGGUAAAUCUGCGGGUUUGGAGAUUUGGAGAGUAGAGGACUUCGAACCCGUUGCCGUUCCGAAGCAUCAGUAUGGAAACUUCUAUGCGGGGGAUUCUUACAUUGUUCUAAAGACCACUGGUUCAUCAAAUCUAUCUUGGGACGUUCACUUCUGGCUGGGAUCCAAAACGAGCCAAGAUGAAGCCGGUGCGGCAGCUAUUUUAACAGUCAACCUGGAUGAUGAGCGGUUCCAAGGUCUGGCUAUACAGCACCGGGAGACGCAAGGCCACGAAUCCAGGCAGUUCUUGGGAUAUUUUGAACCAGCAAUUCGGUACUUGGAAGGCGGUCACGCGUCAGGCUUCAACCACGUAAGCGUAAACGCAGGCGCAGAGAAGCGAUUGUUUCAGAUCAAGGGAAAGAGGAAUGUAAGAGUAAGACAGGUGGAAGCUUCAAUAACAUCAAUGAACAAAGGCGACUGCUUUAUCCUGGAUGUGGAUCACGAUAUACUUCUGUACGUCGGAGACCAGGCCAAGAGUGUGGAGAGGCUGAAGGCCAUCUCCGUGGCCAACCAGAUCAGGGACCAGGAUCAUAGUGGACGGGGAAAUAUCGAGAUUAUUGAUCCAUACUCAAGCGAAGGUGAUGUGACCAAAUUCUUCUCAGCACUCGGUUCUGGUGAUCAAGAUUCUGUUCCUGAUGCUGAAGAGGGUGGUGAUGAUGAGGACUUCGAACGCGGUGUAACUAAAGAGGUUAUCUUGAAUGAAAUAUCUGACAGCACUGGAUCCAUUCAGAUAAAGAAAUUGUCUCCUCCUUACACGCAAGAUUUGCUUAGUACCAAGGAGUGUUACAUUUUGGAUACUGGCAGUAGUAUUUACGUCUGGAGAGGGAAGGAAUCUAACGGACAGGAGAAAUCUGAAGCUAUGAAGAAAGCCGAACAGUAUUUGCAGGUUAACAAUUAUCCGUCAUGGGUACACAUUUCCAAGGUAGUUGAGGGAAUAGAGCCUACGUCAUUUAAGCAAUACUUUGAAGACUGGAAUUAA